GGCAACCGAAGAUCGCUCUUCCUGUAUAGACUAAUGGCUCUCCGCGUCAUCUCGCAGACUCUCCGUGCACGUGCUCUCAAGUCGGCCACCUCCGCGGCCUGGCGCGCGAACUCGCAGCGCCCCGCGGGUUUCGCCUUCUUCUCGACCAAGUACACGCCGCAGCACGAGUACGUGACGCUCAACGGCAAGGAGGGCACCAUCGGAAUCACCGACUUUGCCCAGAACUCGCUAGGCGACGUCGUGUACGUUGACCUUCCGUCGGUGGGCGACAAGUUCGCCAAGGGAGACGCCUUUGGUGCCGUUGAGUCCGUCAAGGCUGCUAGUGACUUAUACACGCCCGCUGCGGGCACGGUCACGGCUGUUAACGAGGACCUGGCGGAGAGCCCGAACCUCGUGAACGACGAGGCCAUGACCGGUGGCUGGUUCAUCAAGCUGGAGCUUGACGACGUGUCGGACGUGGACGAUCUGCUGGACGAGGCCGCCUACAAGGAACACUGCGAGAACGAGGACCACUAAACGGUUCUAGGCUGCUGAUUUUCACCAGCCCCACAUGUAGCUGCUGCAAAUUCGCAACCUUGAAAUAUAAGACCCCAUUUUUUUCCCGGGGACUCCAUUGCGGUUUAA